AGACCCCAUAUGACCUUGCAGCAGAAAGCAUUUAUGAAAAGAGUGAAGAAGUGGUAGAUUACUUGCAGAAUUUCAUGCCAAGAGAAGGUCAAGAAGUAACCCCAGGAACAUCACAGCAGAAAGGUUCAACACCAGUUGUUAGAGGCCUCCAAGAUGGAUUGAAGAAGCUUUCUGAUAAGCAAUUUGAUAAUCUUUUAAAGACUGGAUCGUAUAAAUGCUACUGGAACAGGGUAUUUUUGACGGGCAAGUUCGCAGUAGGCAAGACAACAUUAGCUAAGAUUUUGGUGGGGGACGAAGCUCCAAUAGAACGUGAAUCUACGGAUGGCAUAUGGAUAUAUCUUGGAAGAGCGGGAAUGAAUAUAAAGGAGAGAAUUUGGAUCUUCUUAGAGAAAGGUACAGUUUUAAAUGCAACAGUACAGAGUUUGCUAAGGAGUGAAGAAAUAACGAAUCCAGGCGCUAUGAAACCUAGCGAAGAAUUACUAAAUCCAUGUGCUGCAAACCCAAGUGUCAGUUUUCCAUAUGAGAUCAAAAAGAAGUCAAAGCUCAAAGCUUUCCUCCAUCUCCCAAAUCGAAUAUACAAAGUAUUUAAAGGUAAAAAAACUACAAGUAUCAAAACACCAGUCGAUAGUAGUACUAAUAUGGAGGGAACUUCAAGAAAGGAUUCACCAAAGACCAUAGAAAUAUCAGAUGACGACAUUAUCAAGCUUGUUCGUUCGGAAUGCAUGAAAGGAAACUACGAAAUGACAAUUGUGCCAAUUGACUUGUGGGAUUUUGGAGGUCAAAAAAUUUACCACAUGACGCAUCAGUUGUUCAUUACAAGUAGGGGCACUUUUGUUCUAAUUUUCAAUGGUGGAGAAAGGAUACAUGAAGAAGAUGGAGCAUACCUUGUCCAUUGGGUGAAUUGCGUACUUACAUAUUGCACGACAUUGAAGGAAAAUGAAGAGUUUCCACAAAUUUUAUUUGUCGCAACUCACAAGGAUCAAGUCAAAGGUGACAUAGAGGAGCAGAGGCAUUCGUUAGAAAACUCCAUCGAAAUACUCUUUCAAAAUCAUGGAGGGAAAAAGCAUCUUAAAUAUCGACCACUAAUUUUUGUGGACGCAAGAAACAAGGACGACAAAGAUAUAGAUGUGUUAAAGAAGCAGUUAGUAGAAGUUGCAUUGGAUCAUCCUCGAUGUGGAGAAUUGAUGCCGACCAAAUUUGUACCGCUUGAACUUCAAUUAGCACAGAAAGGAGAGGAUAAACAGAAAAUAGUUACAAUUGAAGAACUGAAAGACAUGAACAAUCAAAAUGAAAACAUGGCAUUGGAUAACGAUGAACUGAAACUGUUUCUGAAGGUUAAUCAUGCUCUAGGAAAACUGAUCUACUUUGACGAAGCUUGCCUGAGAAAUAAAGUUAUCAUAGAUCCGCCAUUUUUAGUAGAUGUGCUACGCUCCAUCGUAACUGAGGAACAGUUUUGGCCACAACAUCUCCUUCACAUAUUUAAAGCACUUAAAGACAGUGGAAAACUGCUGAAAAAGGAUUUAUAUGAAAUAUGGGAACAAGAAUGCUUCCAGACGAUCUUAGAACAUAAGGAGUAUAUGGUAGAAAUGCUAGUUCAUUUGGAUAUAAUUUGUAGACAAAAAGAUGAUACAAAUGGAAUAGACAAUUUCUUAAUACCAUGCAUGAUUAGUACAAAAAGAGAAGACAACUUAGAUAUACCGUUUGACAGAAGCAUUCAUUUGGCGUAUACGUUUCGGGACGAAGUUGUACCACCAGCUAUUUUAUACAAGUUUAUUGCGACUUUCAUAACAAUAUGGAAGUUACAGAUCAGUAAAAACUCAAGCUUGAUGCUUUUUACUGACAGUGCUGAUGUUAGCAUUGACAAAGAACAUGAUAUGCGAUUUGAUAUUCAGAGAAACAAAUUAAUCAUUACUCUUUCACACAAGACAAGACAGACUUCCGUUGUAUCCACGAUUGCAUCAACAGCUCAGGAAUGUCUUACACAUGCUAUUACACAAAUUUCAAACUUUUAUUUCUCAGUUACAGAGGAUACUGCUUGUACUAUAGAUUUGCCGUUUACAAUUCAAAUUGGUAUAGUUUGUGGAACAGAUCUUUGCUUUUUUGACCAUAAAUUGUCAUCUAAGUGUGAAUGGACAUGUCCUGAUCACAAAAGAAAACACAAGACAGAUAUUGUAUCCAGAUGGUUUGCGGACAAGCUUCCUGCAAGAGAAGACAGAUGCCACGAACUUUGUCCUGGUUUAGACAAAGCAUGGUUGGACAGUCAACUUGAUGACAAACGUCUUGGACGCCUAGCAGUUAAAUUAACAAAAGAAGAAACACAGGAAAUAUAUAUGUGUUUAAAGGAAAGAGAACCAGACCAGUCAUGGAAAAACCUUGAGUCAAACACAAAAGAGCAGUUUGCUCUCAAAAUAAACGCUCUACAUGAUUGGAAGAAGAGUACACGACAUGCUACAUUCAACAAGCUUCAAGAUAGUAUGAGGAAGAAAAAUAUUGACCUCCACAAAUUAUGCCAGAUUUUGAGAGAUGUUCAAAUAGACCCAGAUCUACCAACGGACAAGUUGAAACUAAGACCGUCUAGUUCUGAUAUAGAAAUACUACCUGAUCAUAUUGGUAAAGAAACCUUCCAGCUUGGAAUAGAACUUGGACUAUCUGUUGUUGAGAUGCAUCAGAUACAAUCGAACCAUGUUACAAAUCUUCGUAGCCAAACAGAGAAUGUCCUUGACAAAUGGUUGAAACAUCAUCAAGCUACAAAUGAAGUUUUAGUCAAAACUCUAUUUCGCCUUGAUUUGUCUGGUGUUUUAGGACAUUUAACAUAUGAAGUAGGAGUAAAGGAGCGACUUGAAGAUAGAAUCAGAAGCAAUAUUGACGAAAUCCUAGAGAAUAUUCCCAUUAGCGACAUUUUAGAUCAUAUGAUGACAUACAUAGUGAUAUCAGCAGACGACAGACGACGCAUUGAAGAACCUGCUGGACAAGAUGAUCAGAAAAAGGCAUUGCUUGAAAUAGUGAUGAAAAGAAGGGAGCGUGCUUAUGUUGUUUUUGUAGAAGCAUUAAAAGAUAACGCCGAUCUUGCAAACAAAAUGAAACAUGAUCUAGAGGAUCAGAGCCUAAUUUCAAAAUUGGCGCUUGUCGAAUACAAAGGAUUAUCAGUGUGUACUGAUCAACCAUACAAGGUUCGUCUACAAAAGAAUUAUUCAGAAAUCAUCUGUAAUAUAAAACAUGAGAACAUAGUAGAUCAUUUGAUAACAAGUGAUGUGUUGUCGGUUGAUGAAAAGGAAAAGAUAGAAAAGGGUCUUUCACAAAAGGAAAAGAACAGACAAAUAAUUGACUUGCUUUUGCAUAAAAGUGAAAAGGGAUAUACUGAAUUUCUCCAAGCUCUACAAGACGACCCUUCAUAUAACGAACUGGCAGAUCAGAUAGACAAAACAGACAUAACAGACGGAGAUAUGUCAGCAUUCCAGAGUUGUAACCCAUCCACAUGAAAAGACUAGUUUAAUCAACAUAGCUUACGCGGUUGGUUAUAUAAAUAGAAGAUACAUUUGUACAGAUCCAUAAUUGUAGACUAAUUUUCUUGUACAGUAGUAUUUAUCGAUAUUUUUCGUUUUUAUCUGUAAAAUAGUUGUCUUUGAUCUGUAGUUAUUUACUGAAAAAAAUGUAUUCUCAUAGUUUUAACAUUAAUGUUAAUAUUUAAAUACACUAACAUUUUUAUGACAUAUAGCUUUAAUUAGCUUAAUAAAGAAUUGCA